UUAUGCCAUAAACAACAUAGUCGAAACACAAUGAAAGACUUCACUUGUAUCUUGCUUGUCUCAUUUUUAAAUUGGACAACAUGUAAAGCAGUCAAAAUAAGAUCGGCUGGUAUUGGUUCUGCUGCAUCUGGUACAAACUCAGCGGUAAUCUUUCCCGCAAUUAACCAAUCUGUUACUACGACAAGACCUGCUACAGAAGGGAAACAUCACAAUAAUAUCGAAAAUAAAUUGAAUAUCGGGUCAAGUGCACUUGGGAAAAAUCCUGUAAACUUUAUAGAUUUUGGUUAUGGCAAUAAAAGACCUGACUCUAAAGAUGGUGAUUGCAGAUACUUUGAUAAUGAGAAUAUUACUGCAACAAAUUUCGUCACAUUUAAUACUGGCCUCGGAACAUCAGUGCGCUUUUAUGAACAACGAAAGAACCUAAUUGUCGAAGCUUUACUAAAGUCUGAAGCAGAUGUUAUGUGUUUAAAUGAAGUAUGGUAUGUUGAUGAUUUGAUUAUGUUACAACAAGCCUUACAGAGUAAGUUUCCUCACUCAUUCAGCACAGUUCACAAUGACACUUCCAUCAUAAUGGACCAACAAACAUUAACUAAGCCUCCGUGCUUUUCUAUAAUUUUUCAAACAGUUUUUAAAUGUUUUUUGACUCAAUGUAAUACAUUCAGUAAUAGGAGAGAACAAGCCGGGUGUUUGUUGCUUACUUGCAGUGCAGCUCGUUUGCUUUCUGAAGAAUGUUUAACAUGUGUUCUAUUAAGCAGCACAAACACUACUGAUGUAAUUGCAAAGUGUGUCAAUCCACCUCCAUCUAGACAAUUCAAUGCAAUGAAUCUACCUGGACUUGUAUUAUUCAGCAAACUGCCAUUGACUCAAAGAAAAAUUCAGAACCUGAUACCUGGUGUUAAACGACUUGUUCCUAGAUGGGUGCUUUCGGCGGAGGUUGAAAAAGUGGGCAAAGUUGCUUGUACUCAUUUUACAGCAGGACUUUCGAUUACCUACGUUGAUCCUGUUUUACCACCACUGUUUUCAAGCUUUGAAGAGGAAAAUUUGAACAAUACUUUACAACUGUUGGAAUAUUUUAAAACGGAAAAGCAAUAUGUAUUGAUGGGAGAUUUCAAUCAGUCCCCACCUCGGGCAAAUAUCACACCUUCAUUUUCAGACAAUUAUAAAGAAUUCAUGGCAAAUGGAUUGUCUGACCCCUACGUUGAUCAUAUCGGCCUACCAACUUUGGUUCCUGGUAAUCUUUUCUCCAAUUCCCAAAACAGAAAUAAGAUUCUGGAUCACAUCUUUCACAAAGGUUUCAAUUUCCAGUCAUCAGAGAGAGUAUUUGACAAAUUCAUAGAUGUGAAUGGACAGAGGAUUCCUUUAUCUGAUCAUUUUGGAGUAGCUGUAACGUUGCAACCGAAAAACUGCACAAGCGAUUCUACUACAAUACCAUAAUUUAAAAUUAUUGCAGGAACGAAAUUUUCCCCUGAAGAUAACACGAAGGACAUUUUUCUUAUCUCAAUGUUUUUGUAGAUAAAAACGAAUAAAUUAGAUUGUUGUCAGGAGAUUGUUUAAUUAAAGGUAGAUCAAUUCUUGUAUGUAGAGAUGUGGGGUAUACAUCAGUGAGA